CGAAUACCUCGCCGCAGUCACGAUCGCUCUCUCCCUUUGCCGCUCUGCCUUUACAGGCAGUGGUACUUCCACCUAAAUGCGGACAGUGACAGAGCACUCCAAGAGAAGAGGCUGUGCACGCGGUGGGUGGCGUGCUGACCGGCUGCCCAGGAGGGUCUCUUCAGUAGAGACAGGGUGGCAACUUGACUACAAAGAAGGCUGAAUUAGAAACCUUGCACGCGAAGGGCGCAGAUCAGUAUACAUUUUUGUCUUCUUUUGAAGUAUUUUUUACUAGAGGACGAUAUAUUCCUCUUGUCACCAAAGCAAAAAUGGGAUGCGGAGAGAAACCAAAAAUGCGAUACUCAUAGUGGACUAUCUUAACUCCACAGAUAUUGUGGAAAGAGCACUGUGAUAAAGUGUAGGCGCGGGGCAAUUUUAUUUGAAUUGUCAUUUUCACUGUAUUGGAAUAACUUAAAAUCAAUGGAGAUGGCAGCGCAGCCCCAGUUGGCAAAGAGCGCCGACAGCCCGGCGGAGGACAUCUCAAAGCUCGCGGAUGAGGAACUGCUGAAGUGGACUAAAGAGGACUUGGUGCGCCGCCUCCGGAGGGCUGAAGCCGAAAAGAUGAGCGUCAUAUUGGACCACGGAAAUCUGAUCCGGGAGGUGAACCGCAGGCUCCAGCUGCAUCUGAACGAAAUCCGCGGACUUAAGGACGUGAACCAGAAGCUGCAGGAGGACAACCAGGAGCUGCGCGACCUGUGCUGUUUCCUGGACGACGACCGGCAGAAGGGCAAGCGGGUGUCGCGGGAGUGGCAGCGGCUGGGCCGCUACAGCGCCGGCAUCAUGCGCAAGGAGGUGACGCUCUACCUGCAGAAGCUGAAGGAGCUGGAGGCGCGCCAGGAGGAGGUGCUGAAGGAGAACCUGGAGCUCAGGGAGCUGUGCGUCAUGCUGGACGAGGAGAAGGGGGCGGGAGGAGCAGGCGGGGUGGGGGCGGGGGCGGGGCCCGGGAUGGCGGGCUGCCGGAACUCGGUGGACAGCCAGGGCGGCCCGUUCCCAGCCUCGGCCCUGGGGGCGGGGCUGCUGCGGGACCUGGGCGACGGGAGCAGCACCUCCAGCGCGGGGAGCACGGGCAGCACGGACAGCCCCGACCACCCGCAGCACAGGCCUCAGCUCCUCGCCCCCGCCCCCGCGCCCGCAGGGGGCAGCCCCGAGCACGCGCACAAGCCCCGCCCCGCGGAGGGCAGGCGCAGGAGCGCCAGCCCGGACUUCCCCCUGCUCCCCUCCUGCCGGCCCCGCUGCGGCUCCCUCCCCGGCCCCGACCACAAGGCCCUGCGCGGGCCCAGCCCGGAAAAGCCCGGAAAGGGCGGGGCCCGGGGGAGCCCCGAGCCGCACGCCAAGCACGGCGCCGCGGAGACGCUGGCUCAGAAGCACCUGCUGGGGGCGGGGCAGGGCAGCCCCGAGCACUUCCAGAAGCACAGGGCGGGCGCGGGGGGGUCCGGCUGCGGGAGCCCCGAGCCCAAACACGCCCCGGGGGGCACCCCCGAGCACCUGCAGAAAGGGCGCGUGGGCGGGGCCAGCCCGGAGACUCUCAGGCACCAGUACAGCUCCAGUCCCGAGCACCUCAAGUUCGGCAGCCCCGGCAGGGAGGCGGCGCAGAAGAGGCCGGGGGGGGAGGAGCUGUCCCCCCACCACCGGAGCCUCUAUAACGGCGUGAGCGCUCUAAUAUCGGCUGGCUGUUGCAGUGCCUCUUGUAGAAGCGUAAAGCUUUGGGACAGCUUCGAUGCAUCUUGACCCCAGCCUCCCCUGGAUCCAGCUCUAGGCGUUUGGGAAUGACCAUCGUCCCAGCCUUCAGAGAGACUGACGGUUCCUUCCCCUUAAGUGCUCAAUAAAAACCUGCCCACUUCAGAAAGCA